CUUGUCUCAUCACCAUUUCAUCAAUACAAGCUUAUAACUCUCCACAUAUACAUUUUGCAAUCAAACAACUGAUCAAUCGAAAGAUGGAAGGCAAAACUUUGAUUCUAAGUGUGCUCGUAAUGAGUCUUGUCCUGGCGCAGAUUCAAGUCGAAGCAAAGAGUUGUUGCUCGAGCACGACUGCUAGAAACUGUUACAAUGUAUGCCGUCUUCCUGGAACUGGUAGGGAAACUUGUGCAAAACUUUGUGGAUGCAAAAUUAUUAAGGGGACAAAAUGUACUACUCCGCCAUAUAUACAUGACAUUCUUGAAAACUCUGGUGAUGCUGUCAACGAAUAUUGUAAGUUGGGUUGUGCAUCCUCUGUGUGUGGUACCUUAACCACUCUCCAGAACUUUGAUGCAAGUGAAAUUGUGAGUGGAGCAGUCGUACAUUGCACCGAGGCAUGUUCUGAGUUCUGUACCAAGGACUCAUCCAAUGCAGUUGAAACUGCCUAAUAAGGAUAUCCAAGAACUGUGUUGUUGUUUUCCCUGUUUUCAAUAAUUGUCGUGUAUGUGACAAAAAAAUGCUAGAGUCUUAAGCUAGCAUCUACUAUUUCCAGGAUUUCUAUGUGACGUAGAAGAAGGUCAUUGACCCCUAGAUUGUUUACCCCUUCUACUUGCUAUUAUCCAAAUAAAGAAUAAAAAUGUGUCCUUAUCUUCUAUA